AUGACCAUUUCAUCGGAGAAAAAAUUCUUGCUAUUCUCUGGUCGUCCUAAUCGCUUUCGUCGGGUUCGGUCCAGAGCUAGCAAGAAGUGUAAGGGUGCUGCAGGCAAAAGAUCGACACUUGGAUGUUCGGGAGUGUCAGGUCAUCUACAUUAUGAGAAGAGUGCUAUGCCUAGGUAG